CCUAACCGCUCAUAACGAUUUUUCGAGGCAACAAUGGAAGCACUCACAACACUGAACUUCCAUCCCGACCACUCCAGACAAUGGAACUCAAUCAUCAAGCGCCAAGCGAAGCUGAAAAACGAUAAUGCGAUACUCAAGACAUAUACCCAGAUGGAAUCACUGGGCAUUUUCCCGGACAACACUACGCUGCCCCUCGUUCUCAAGGCAUGCGGCAAGUUGCAGGCCGUCGAAAGAGGGAGGAAGAUUCACGGAGACAUCAAUGGCACGCAUUUGAUUGAAGAUGUGAGAGUGGGUACUGCUCUGAUUGACUUUUACUGCAAGUGUGGCAGUUUUGAAGAUGCACUCCAUGCGUUUGAUGGAAUUCCCGAGAAAGAUGUGGUUUCUUGGAACGCAAUGAUUUCUGGGAGCGUGGAGUGCCGGGAAUAUGAGGUGGCUUUAUGUUUGGUUAAGGAGAUGCAGAGGGAAAAUUUGAGACCGAAUUCGAGGACAGCGGUGUCAUUGCUUAUUGCUUCCGGGGAGCUCUCGGACUUUAGGCUUGGGAUGGGGAUUCACGGGUAUUGUUUGAGAAAUGGACUCUUGGAUAGGAAUGCACAUGUUUCUACUUCUUUGAUUGGGUUUUAUUCAAGGUUUGAUGUGGAGGUUGCAUAUAGGGUUCUUGAAUCAUUAGCUUCGAGGUGUAUAGCAAGCUGGAAUGCAAUGCUAAGUGGUUUUCUUGAUAAUGGGGAUUAUAUGGAUGUUUUAAAGAAUUUCUCUGCAAUGCUUAAGAAAGGUUUGAACUAUGAUCCUGUGACAAUUCUAGUUGUCAUACAGGCAUGUGGUGAACUUGGGUCAGUUGAAUUGGGUAUGCAAGUCCAUCAACUGGCAGUGAAAUGUGGGUAUGACAAAGAUCUCAAUGUAGUGAAUGCAUUGAUAAACAUGUAUAGUGAGAUGGGAUAUACAGAAACAUCUUAUGUUUUAUUUCAAUCUUCUUCUACCAAAGAUACUGCCUUGUGGAAUUCUAUGAUUUCUGCAUACGUUGAGAGAGGCUGCACUGAAGAAGCAGUAAAAUUGAUAAACAAAAUGCAGGUGGAAGACAUUAAUGUAGAUGAGAGAACAAUUGCGAUUAUGCUCCCAUUAUGUCUUAGCUUCGCCAAUGGUUUGAGAUUUGGGAAUAGCCUGCAUGGUCAGGUAAUUAAACUUGGAGUUGAAAAUAACAUGUACACUAUAAAUGCACUGUUAAGUAUGUAUGGAGAGUUAAACUGUGUUGAAGAUGCCCUGAGAAUAUUCAGUAAGACAAAAAAUUUGGAUGUAAUGUCAUGGAACAUUAUGAUCUCAGCAUUGGCACACAAUGAACUAUGCAAUCAAGCAUUUAAGUUGUUCUGUCAGAUGCAUGAAACGGAUGUCAAACCUAACUCUCAUACAAUUAUUUCAGUCCUCAGUGCUUGCAGUAAUGAUACAUUUCUAUGUGUGGGCAGAUCAAUACAUGGUUAUGCUAUAAAGCAAUGCCUUGACAGUGACCCACAAGUUAAUACUGCUAUCACAGAAAUGUAUAUGCAAUGCAGCGAUGAAGCAACGGCUAUGAAUUUGUUUGAGAGUUUUGGUAAUAAAGAUGUAGUCUCAUGGAAUGCUAUGAUUGCCAAUUAUGUCAACUGCGGUGAACCAUUCAAAGCUCUAUUGAUUUUCCACCACAUGGUUAUUCAAGUGGAACCUAAUUUGGCUACAAUAAUAAAUGCUCUCAAUUCAUGUACACAUCUUGUCCAUCUUCAUCAAGGACAGUGCAUACAUGCUUAUGCAAUGCGAAGGGCAUCCUCACUUGGUUUUGAUCUAUCAAUGGCAAAUGCAUUCAUAUCUAUGUAUGCAAGAUGUGGGUGUAUGCAAUAUGCUGAGAAAAUUUUUAAAGCCUUACCAAAGAAAAAUAUUGUCUCGUGGAAUGCCAUGAUAGCAGGCUAUGGCAUGCAUGGGCGAGGACAGGAUGCUAUGCUUGUGUACUCUCAAAUGUUAGAGAAUGGAUUCUCCCCCUCUGGAGUUACAUUUGUAUCUGCUUUAUCUGCAUGCAGCCAUUCAGGGUUGAUAAAGGAUGGAUUGCAACUUUAUCACUCGAUGGUUAAUGAAUUUGGCAUGAUCCCUGAACUUGUGCACUAUUCUUGUGUGGUUGAUCUCUUGGCACGCGGAGGUUUAUUAGAUGAAGCAUGGAACUUUAUUAACUCAAUGCCAAUUUCACCAGAUGCAUCUGUAUUGAGAGCUCUCCUUGGUGGCUGUAGAGUGUAUGGUGAAACUAAACAUGCAAAUAUUAUCUUUGAAAAGCUCGUUGAACUUGAACCAAUGAAUGCUGGCAAUUACGUUUUGUUAUCAAAUAUAUAUGCAGCAGCUGGCCUUUGGACUGAGGUCAGCAGAUUAAGAGCCAUGCUUGAGGAAAAGGGUUUGGUAAAGCCUCCGGGAAAGAGUUGGAUUCUGACCAGAAACAAAGUCCAUCAAUUUAUUGCAGGAGACAAAACUCACCCUCAAUGUGUCGAAAUUUACAAGAAGUUGAACUCCUUAUUGUCUUUGAUUAAGGAAAGAGGGUAUGUACCAGAUCUUCGUUGGGUUCUUCAUGAUGAAUCUGAAGAAGAGAAACUCAUGCGGAUCUCUAGCCACAGUGAGAAGCUGGCAAUUGCUUUUGGACUGAUCAAUGUAAGAGCAGGGGGGCAAAUUUUGAUCAUUAAAAACUUACGAAUUUGUGGUGAUUGCCAUGAAUUUAGUAAAUAUGUUUCUGAAGUGACUGGGAGAGAGAUAGUUAUGAGGGAUGGAAAUCGUUUCCAUCACUUCAUUAAUGGUGUAUGCUCAUGCAAGGAUUACUGGUGAGUUUGGAUGGUAAAGAGUUGCUUGAAUCUGAGUCCUGGAUUGGGGAUCUUCCAGAAAGUGACUAAACAGUCUUGCAAACAAGAGCAUGAAUCAACAGCCUAUUGAGAUGCAUGUAUCAGAAAUUUGGAACAACUCCGGUACCGGCUAGUCAUUCACAACUUCAAUCAAGGUGAAACAUUGGAAGAUGAUGGGCUUACCCAUUGAGCCAUUGAUACUGUGGAGGGUUCAUUUCCUGAAGCUGGUCUAGAACAGUCAU